CUUGAAACUUGAAACUUCAAAUCAUAACUUUUGCAGGCACGAUAUUUCAUUUAAAAAAAGAAACAUCAACAUAUUUUGUCAUUUAUGAUGGAGGAAAGCGGAGGAAGCCACUCUGAAGUCACCCCUAAAACAGAACAAUUAUCUGCUAAUCUGCCACUUCACAGAUCUGAAGGGAAGGUAGAUAACUCUGAACCAGAUCUUCUGGAUGUAGAGGAUUCAGUCUCAGAUCACUUAGGCACAGUGUCAGUCGCUGUUUCUGAAAGAGCAGAGUGCCCUGUGAAGAAUUCUGACCUGCGGUCAACCGUGUCCAGCGGAGACUGUCCAUGCAUCACACCAGAGCCCACAGAAGACGAAGCCAUGCUGAAAAGCUUCGUCAAGGCAGUGCAUGAGAAGUACAAUGACGAUACCACACCUGUAGCGGAUGUCAUUGGAAGCUACGUCCUCGUGCCAAAAUCUGGGCCUGUGAAACUGACAGCAUCCGGGAAUAUUGUGUUGCCUAAACAGGUCAGCAUGAGUGGAUGUGAAAUAUCCGUGGCAGGAGAUCCAACACUAAUCCAGAAAAUGUGCCAGAAAGUUAAAGAGCUGGAUUUGAUGGAGAACAAUAUCACCGAUUGGGCAGAGGUUUUUGCCAUCCUUGAAUGCAUUCCCCACCUGACCUUCUUAAACCUGACCAAAAACCUGAUCAAGUCCGAGCUACCUGACCUGACGGGCAGGUUUAUACCAAAGCUGACGCACCUGGUCCUUAACAACACUCUCAUCCAAUGGGAUGUUCUUCUAAAACUUCUAGAGAUUUUUCCAAGUUUGGAGGAACUACAUCUAAGUCUAAAUGGCUUUGAGUCUGUAGACAUUCCAUCAGUAUUAAAACGGGUACCGCAAGUGGCCCCACCACCAUCGCCAGCCUCACAGCCACCCACCCCCAUGUCGCCAUCCACAACCUUAACAUCUUCAGUCUCCGCUUGCACCAGCUACCCCUCGCUGCGCAAGCUCUUCUUCAUCGGAAACAGAAUCACCAGCUGGAGGGAGAUCAACAAGCUGGGGCUGUUCUUCCCCAACCUGGUCUUUCUGCUUAUCUCAGAGACUGAUAUCAAAACCAUCGAUGAUCACGAGAUCCUGGCAGAUUGUUUCCCCUGUCUGCAGACUCUGGGUCUCAACAGGACUUUGUUGGCGUCGUGGGAGGAGAUUGAGCUGUUGAGGCUGUUGCCUUCUCUUACAGACAUCCGUCUCAACGGGAUACCAUUUUUAGAGGAAUUUUCAGAAGUUUUCAGAAGACAACACACUAUAGCACUGCUACCAAACAUCACAAAUCUAAAUGGGAGUCGUAUAGGAGAAAGUGAACGGGAAGAUGCUGAGAGGGCUUACAUUAGGUUAUACUUGGAUAAGGAAGGAAAAAGUCAAAGAUACCAUGAACUGGUCCAGCAACACGGUAAGGUGGAUCCUCUAGCCAAGGUGAUACUCAAGCCCCAGUUGUUUGUCAUGUUGAAGAUCCGCGUCGAGGACGUCAACCAAGAACUGCUAAAAAUGGAAGACUUGAAUGUUGACGUCACUCAAACAGUCCGUGAUUUAAAGAAAAUCCUGAGCAACAUCGCAGGUCGCCCACCCACCAAAUUUCAGCUGUACUACCUGGAUAAACAGGUCAACAUGGGUGCGGACAAGCUGCGCUUUAUGGACCGUAAAAUCUUUUCCUACAACAUGACGGAUGGGGAUGAGAUCAUCGUAGCAUUCAAUGAUUAACUGUAAACUUCUUGGUUUUAUCCGCACUUAAUACCAGGAUAAUUUAAGCAGAGAAGCAGCUAUUAACAAACCUUGGAGAUAUUUUAAACUGUAUUCAGCACUGAAUAUGAUUCACAUUUUAGAUACAAAUGUAUCAAUCAUAAUUAAUAUAAUAAAUAUUUUUAUUGACAUUGUUGAUAAAGAUAAACAUUGUCUCCAAAUUUUGAUUCAUAAUAUAACAGAUUGAAUAAUGUAUAAUAUAUAUGGCUGGAUAUAAUAAUCAAUAUCAACUACUAUAAUGUCCGCCACUUUUCAGAAAUAUAAUAAUUCAUUAUGACUUGUGGUGAUUUUAACAAAGAUGAGUAGAUAAAGAGAAAUGUCUCAAGACUUUGGUUUGUACAUAGCUCACAUUUAACUUCAGAUAUCUGAUUGUAUAGAAUUUUUAGUACAUCACAUAGGAUAUCAUUUAAGAUAUCAUAUUGGAUUGUUUAUGACUGUAAAAAUAGCUGCAUGGAUGGCUAUUGUUUUAGUAGCUUUAAAUAAACCUGUGCCAUAACCUUUGACCUUUGAGUCACCAGCCCAUGGCAGAGUUCUCCUUCUCCCUGUGAAACUACUGUUAAACCGCUGAUUUUUGUUUGUAGUUUUUUCUCUCAGUGUUGGAAGCUGUGUCUGGAACAUAACUUCCCCACUGCAUUAUUUAGAAAACCUAUCCAGGUGACUUGUAGUAGUUAUAAAACGUGUUUUGAUACCAAUAAAUCCCUUUUGUGAAUGAAAUAAUUUAAGAAUGGCAAAUUGUGAAUGGCUGUUUUUUUAAAUUCUGCGUUCCUCUCUAAACCUCCACUGAAUUAAAUAUUCGUCAGUUAUAUUUUAGUUUAUUUUUAUCAAAUGUAUUGUUUUUAUAAUUAUUAUAAAUGUAUCAAUGUCUGUGAAACCACUAUAAACACUUGGAUGAUGAACCUCGUGCACUGCCCAACUUACAGUAAUUUUUUAAGUAUAAGAUAAAGAAAGGAUUGUGAUCUCCAGUCUUCACUUGUAAUUUUUAUUUACAUUUGUUAAAAAAGAAUAACAUAACAAAAAAUUGUUUAAUUAGGAAAGAGCUUUUGCAAAUAUUUGUAAUUGUCUGUACAUUUUAAUUACAUCUUCUUAUAGAAAAAUGUGAAAUAUAAUUUUCAUUUGUUUUUACUCUAAAUAACAAAGCCUGAACUGUCCGACAUUUUCCUAUUGAUUAAUUAUUAAUUAAGAGACCAAUAAUUCCCUAAGGGAAAAUUAUUUCACCUUUUUAUAAGUUACAAUAAGUGUUUGAGCCAAACAUUUCUUAAAACCAGUUUUGUCCUUUGAUUUAUUCUGUGAUAAUAUGAUGUGAUUUUUUUCUCUCAUGAUUUCAUUGUGUUGUGAAGAUACAUGAUCUUGAUAUGUGAAAUGAAUUUGUGUGUAUGUGUUUCUAAAAAAAAUCUGUCUAAUUAAGCAUACAAUUAUAUUUUACUGAAAUUUGUUUUAGAUUAGAAGCUUAAUCUCUGAAUGUGGAAUAUUUUUUCUUUGCUAAAUUUACCUGGUGUGUCUGUCUCAUAAUGACAAUCCACUUAAAAAAAUAAUUGUUUGAAAAUGAACCAUAAAAAUGUGUACUAAAAUGAUUAUAAAUGUGUGUACUACAGCAGGUAAUGAGGCAGCAUUAUAUUUUUUUCUAAAGCCUCAGCCAAGAUUUGUUUCAUACAUUAUUAGUUUGUGCUUUCAUGUUUUACCAUGCUUAAUAUUUAUUACAAUCAAAACAAAUUAAUUUGUAAUAGUUUUUAUUAGCUUAAGGUUUAUCUAUGACUUAGCACUAGCUGUUGGGAUGAUAACCAUUUAGGGCAAAUAUCAAAACAGUGGUUUUUGCAUGUAAAUUAAAAAAAAAAUGAAUGCAAAGCAUCUUGAUUUUGAAGAUUGUCACUAAAUGAAUUUUUUGUCCUCUUAUCUCGUCAGAAGAAACAUAUUUUGAAAAAUAUCAAUGUCAACCCAAAACUUUAUCUUUAUAUGGGUAAACUUUUAUUAGAGGUGAAGUUUUUAGGAAUAAGAUACAUAAGGGUUAGGUUCAACUUAUAAAAUUGGUGACUUCCUGAUGCCAAUGGAAGAUAAAAGCAUUUUUUGUUCAAGUUUUUUUAUACCUCUCUGUUGAUAUAAACUUUGUUGGUAGUUAAAACUACACCCAUCUAGUCUAAUGUUAAUUUUAAUUGGUUUAUUUCAAAUGAUUUUUCUUGGUUGAUUAUUCUUUUUCUAUACUUUAAAAAAAAUGAAAUUAUUUGAAUACAUGUAUUUGUAUAAGGAAUAUUUAAAUUUUUGCUUUAGACUUUGCUAAAAGAGUAGCUUUUCAACAGAGGUCAGUUUAAAAACACUUAAAUAUUCUCAGGGAUAUUUUUUUUUACAAAAUUCAUUCAAAUCUCCCUUAUUAAAGUUAAAAAACAUUUGUAUU